AUGCAUUUUACAAUUAGUAGAAAUCUACGGCUAUUUGAAAGACAUAAAAAGUUUUAUUUUUAUCGCUUUAUUUCUGAUGGAUUCCGUCAACCUGAUCUUUCUGGACUUGCUUAUGUUUCCCCUGUAGAAAAAAUAAGAAAUAUAGGUAUUUCUGCACAUAUUGAUUCUGGAAAAACAACAGUAACUGAAAGAAUUCUUUAUUAUGCAGGGAAAAUUGAUGCAAUGCACGAGGUUAAAGGAAAAGAUAAAGUUGGUGCUACUAUGGAUUUUAUGGAAUUGGAACGUCAACGUGGAAUAACAAUACAAUCAGCCGCCACAUAUGUUGAUUGGCAUGGAACUAAUAUAAAUAUUAUUGAUACACCAGGUCACGUUGAUUUCACUGUGGAAGUUGAACGUGCUUUAAGAGUGCUUGAUGGCGCCGUUCUUGUUCUUUGUGGUGUUGGAGGUGUUCAAAGUCAGACUUUUACUGUCAAUCGGCAACUUCGGCGAUAUAAUGUCCCUUUUAUUUGUUUUAUAAAUAAAUUGGAUCGUGUCGGUGCGAGUCCUCAAAAUGCUUUGUUGGGCCUUCGUUCAAAAUUAAAUCAUAAUGCUGCUUUUAUUCAAAUGCCUAUUGGAUUAGAAUCACAAUUUAAAGGAGUAAUUGAUUUAAUUGAGGAACAUGCUGUUUUUAAUGCGAAUGAUGAUGGUUCUGAACUUAGAGCCGAAGAAAUUCCAAAAGAGCACAGAGCAGAAGCAUCCGAUUUACGUCAACAAUUAUUAGAGUCCCUUUCAAACUGUGAUGAUUUAAUAGCUGAUAUUUAUUUACAAGACAAAAUUCCUUCCUCAGAAGAAAUCAAGGCUGCAAUUAGGCGUUCUACUAUUAACAGAACUUUUGUUCCUGUUUUAAUGGGGUCAGCCUUGAAGAACAAAGGAGUUCAACAAAUGAUUGACAGAAUAUCAGAUCCAAAAUUGCUGAAACCAUUUAUUGGAUUGGCUUUUAAAUUGGAGGCAGGACGAACGUUCUUUCGAAUUUAUCAAGGUCGACUUUCUAAAGGCGAUACAAUUUAUGCAACCAGAGAUGGAAGGAAGGUAAAAAUAUCCAAAUUGGUUAGAAUGCAUGCUAACAAUAUGAUGGAAAUUGAUGUAGCUUAUGCUGGUGAUAUAUGUGCAGUUUUAGGAUUGGAAUGUGCUAGUGGAGAAACUUUUUGUUCUGAUCCAAGUAUGAAUGUACAUUGUGUAAGUUUAUAUUUAUUAUCUUUAUAUGAUAUAUUAUCUUUUUUCUUUAAUUAA